CCCUCCCACCCGUUCCGCCUGAUGAGGUUUCUGGCGGCGGGCCACCAGGCUUCCAGUCAAAGGCCCGAGCUUCCUGGCCUACUGAGGUUCAAAUCUUGCUCCCACUCGAACAAGGCCUCCCGCCACCUCAAGCCUGAUGUGAACAGUGGGCGCAAGGCUGUUACAGCCCAGGGCCAUAGGGAACACCAGGGCCGGGCCGUGUGGAAGCCCCGCUUGGGAAAAGAAAGAUGGGGGGCCCAGGACGGAAGCCUGCCAGGGCAAAUGCUGUGGGAAGGAGCCCUGCCCCCAAGACCGAGGGAAGCAGUCACGGUGUGGUCCCCGUUCCUGCUGACUAGAUGUGUGGGGUCUGCUGGCGUCCAUGGCACGCCGUGGUUUGCACUGGACAUAAACCCAGUGUGCUUGUUUUGACAAGCCACUUCAUCCUCGAGGAUUGAGAGGGGAUCAGGAAAGGGAGGUGGGACCCUGGCCAGACCUGGAGGGAAGGGCAGGAAUUGAAGCGAGGGGAGCCAGGCCAGAGGUCCCUGCAGGAAUGUCUGAGGUCAGUCCGCUCCCCAUUUUCAUCCCUACAUUCAACAGGAGGGCGAUGGGCCUGCCUGGGAGAGGGGAGCUGGGGGAACUGGCUGGGCUUGGGGUGUGUGCACAGCCCACGGUUGUGUUCUUGGGGUGAGAUGGAGACGGCUGUUGUGGGGGUCCCUGUCAACAUCCCUGGGCACCCAUGGGUGCCUCCUGUGUCUGCUGGUAAACAGCUCAGGUUGUGAACAGGUGUGGCUGUGUGUCUCAGUGUUUAGACAAUAAGAAUGUGUCUAUCAAAGUGUUGGUGGUUUUUGACUCUGUUGCGAGAACAGGAUGUAACGAUUGUCUUUGUGUUCCAAGGUGUUUGUGAGUGUAACUGGCACCAUCUCUGUGUGGAGUGUGGCCGUGAAAGUGCAGCUCGGGGUGUCCAAGGCUGUGAGUGUAUGCACCUCUGCGUGUUUUCUGUUUGUAGGCCCUCACCUCCAGGUUAUCCAGGGAUGGGUGGUGCUGAGUCCGUCUUGAGGCCUUUGGGGCAGGGACCUGGAGCUCGCGGGAAUAGGAACCAUGGGGCAUCCACAGUGAAGCAUCUGUGGUCAAGGGUAGAGCCAAGGUGAGACAGAACUUAGAGACGGGCAUGUGGGGGACAGGGACGGUGGGGACAGAGAUGUGGCCGUAGGGAAAAGGACAAUGCAGUGGGGAGAUGUGUCCAUGGUGGCAGAGGUGGGGCUGUGAGCAUCAAACAUGGGACUGGAGAAAAGGUGACAUGUGAUGGUCAGAGAUGGGGCAGUGAGGUCAGGUGGGGCCAAGAGCGAGGAAUUCGCUGUGGUGCAAAAAUGAGAGGGGGCGUCAGGGGUGGAUCGGUGACGUCCAGAGGUGGGGACAGACACGGAAGGCGAGAGCCCAGGGAACCAAGAUGGACAGAAAAGGCGGUGGGAGCAAGAAUGACGCCCCAAGCCAGAGACGGGCUGAUGAGGCAGACGAGGAGAAAGGGGUCAGGAAUAGGGCAGCCAGCGUCAUUUGGAGUUGCCAAGGGCAGAGUGGACAGAAGAAUGCCAUGGCACCAAACAGGUCCUAAUGAUCCGAGGUGGGGCUGCCCGCUAGUCCCAUCUGGAUGAUGGGCAGUGUGCUCCUAGCCGGCCUCACCACGCCCUCCUCUCCUCUCCUUUCCUCUCCUCUCCCCAGCCCCAACCCCAGCACCUGACAUGAGUCUCUGCGGGCCCCUCAACCUGAGCCUGGCGGGCGAGGCGACCACGUGUGCGGAGCCCGGGGCUCCCAACGCGUCGGCCGGGCCGCCGUCCGGCCGGGCGGGCGCGUCGCCGGCGCUGCCCAUCUUCUCCAUGACCCUGGGCGCCGUGUCCAACGUGCUAGCGCUGGCGCUGCUAGCGCAGGCCGCGGGCCGCCUGCGGCGCCGCCGCUCGGCCGCCACCUUCCUGCUGUUCGUCGCCAGCCUUCUGGCCACCGACCUGGCGGGCCACGUCAUCCCGGGAGCGCUGGUGCUGCGUCUGGGCCGUGGCUCAGCGCGCAGAGCCCGCGCUCACGAUGUGGAGAUGGUGGGCCAGCUCGUGGGCAUCAUGGUGGUGUCGUGCAUCUGCUGGAGCCCGCUGCUGGUGUUAGUGGUGCUGGCCGUCGGGGGCUGGGGCUCCAGCUCCCUGCAGCGGCCGCUGUUUUUGGCUGUGCGCCUCGCUUCAUGGAACCAGAUCCUGGACCCCUGGGUGUACAUCCUCCUGCGCCAGGCGGUGCUGCGCCAACUGCUUCGCCUCCUGGCCCCGAGGGCCGGCGCCAAGGGCAGCCCUGCGGGGCUGGGCCUAACCAGGAGCGCCUGGGAGGCCAGCUCGCUGCGCAGCUCCAAGCACAGUAGCCUCAGCCACCUGUAGGCGAGCCGGGAAUCCCAGCGGCUAAGUCAGACCACCCCGGGCCGGGCCCAGGACCGCAGCGCGGAGCCUUCGGGGAAUAAAGCCAUUUUGCGGACCUGCGCGGGGCAUGUGUCGGAUCGGGGCUACAGCACCCCUGUGGCCGCGCGGGGGCGAUAGAAGCGCUGCCCGAGCCUCCGGGAUGUGCAGUUCUGGGACUUUCCACGCAGAGGCGCAGAGACGUCAGACGAGGAGCCGGAGCCGCUGGAGCAUGCGCAGAAUGCACGGCCCCAGGCCAAGGCCCCGGGCUGUGUCGAGAGCAGAGCAGCUGAGCUGGAACCCGAGGCGCUUUUUGCUCCUGCCGGCGCCAGGGCUGACCCCAGCAACAAUUCUCUCAUUGUGGCCCUGAGCUCCUCCAACACAUCCCCAAGGCCCUACCCCCAAGCCACACCCCAUCAGGGCCUCAGAACUCCAGUGUCCCUAAACACAGCUCCCAGCCCUGUCCCAUCUCAGCCUGCGCACGCUCCCCACCACAGUAAAGGCCCGGAGUCCCCACCUUCCCUCAACCCUCAUCAAGUGAGCCCCAUACCAUAACCCAGGGCAUCUCCCCGUCACUCCUUAUGCCCCCGGCCACCCACUGGUUCUGACCCCACCAACUCUUCGCUUCCAAGUACACGACCCCCUCCCGCCGCCCCGCCCCCCCAUGCCACCAUUACUGCACACAUGAGGAGCCGGAGGAUGCAUGGAUGGGGCAAACCCCAAAGGCCUUUUUAAAAACUACUGAGAGCUUGGUCAGGGCAGGGGCAGGGGAAAGGGCUAGCAGCCCCCAGCCACGAAGUCGAAGUCCUGGAAGGCUGCC